AUGGUGCCGAAUAAUUCGACAUCCUUCUUCUGUCAAACGGAUGGCAUUUGGCUCAGCAAACCAACGAUGCUUUCCUGGAAUGCUGACACGGAUUGUUGCUCGUGGGCCGGAGUCACAUGCGAUCAGAUGACAGGUCAUGUGAUUCGCCUUGAACUUGGCUGCCACCCCCCGAACUUUAGCUGCUACUCUUCUGCUGGGUCUUCAAACAGCACUGAACUAUCUACAUUGGGUCCGCUCACUCUUUCUUCGUCUCACAAAGCAGAAAGACCAUCAGGUUCGAAUUCAAACACGCUGCUUCAAAAUUUGACCAAGUUAAGAGUCCUCACUCUCGAUGGGUUAAACAUGUCUGGCAUUGACGUGAGUCACUUAAUGAAUCUCUCUCCAUCUCUGGAAGUCCUCAGCCUCAGUUCCUGUAAAUUGCGUGGCAUGUUAGCAGCAAAAAUUUUCCUUUUGCCAAAGCUGACAUGCCUCGAUUUAUCAGGCAACAAGGAGCUCGCGGGUUACUUACCCGAAUCAACUUGGAAUAACUCUUUGAAGAUUUUGGACUUGUCCUCCACAGGCUCCUCUGGAGUGUUACCAGAGUCCAUGGGCGACCUGCAUUCUCUGGAGAUCCUCUGUCUACACCAGUGUAAUUUCACUGGCUCUAUUCCAUCGUCACUCGGUAACCUAACACGACUCACUAGAUUGGAACUCUCAUUCAAUGAGCUUAGUGGUCAGGUUCCUCCAACUCUGUCAAACCUUGAUCAGCUCACGCUGCUCGAUCUCUCCUCCAAUAAUCUCAUAGGUCCAAUACCUGAUGUCUUCGACAACAAGACACAACUUCAAAAACUGCUUUUCUCGCAUAACCUCUUCGCAGGCAUUAUUCCUCUGAGCAUAAAGAAUCUUUCCCAACUAGCCCAACUUGACAUUUCCAAUAACCUCAUUGGUGGAUCUAUACCAUCAUCACUGUUCUCUCUUUCAUCCUUGAAGAGCCUAGACCUCAGUAACAAUAGGCUCAGUGGUCAAAUCGGCGAGUUCCUCGGUGCACCCUCAUUAGUCCAUGUUGACCUGAGUGGUAAUCAGUUGUGUGGCUCAAUCCCGAGCUCGAUUUUUCAGCUUGGGAACCUCACUGACUUGAGUAUCUCAGCAAAUAACCUGACCGGCGUUUUAGACCUACAAUUGCUCUCAAGACUCAAAAGUCUCACGAAUCUCGAUCUUUCAGACAACAAUUUGUCAAUGAGCAAUAGCAAAUAUGUCGAGCAUGACAUGCCAAACCUCUCAAAGGUCAGACUUUCUGGUUGCAAAAUUACUGAAAUCCCUGCAUUCUUGAGAAAUUCAACCAGCGUGAAAUAUAUAGACCUGUCGCACAACCUCCUCACUAGCUUCGAACAGGUUCCAUGGAAAAUUCUUAUAAUCCUUGACCUGCAUUCAAACUUGAUCCAAGGGCCGCUUACACCUCCAUCACUCCCAAACUCUCUUCUCGUCUUCUCGCUAGCUAGCAAUCAAUUGACUGGUUAUAUCCCUGGUUCUAUUUGUGAAAUGAAGGACCUCCAAAUUCUUGACCUCUCUCGUAACAAUUUCGUUGGAAUGAUCCCUCAAUGUCUAGGGAACAUUAGCAAUGGCCUCUCAGUGUUGGAUCUGCAAGAAAAUGGACUUUCCGGCACAAUCUCACUCACAUUUGGCGAAUAUGCUGUCCUGAAAAGUCUUCACCUCAAUGGAAACAAAUUAGAAGACCGGUUGCCGCGCUCUCUAAUCAAUUGCAAGCAACUUGAAGUGCUGGAUCUCGGCAGAAACAAGUUGAACGACACUUUCCCAAUAUGGUUGGAAACACUUCCUAGCCUGCGGGUCUUGGUCUUGCGAUCGAACAAACUUCACGGCUCCAUAGGCAACCCCGGCACCGAAUUUCCCUUUCUGCAGUUGCGGAUUCUCGACCUUUCCUCCAAUGAGCUCACCGGUCCUUUGCCCAGCGCCUACUUUGUAAACCUGAAAGCGAUGAUGUCGACUGAUCAGGAUGGACCGGGGUUGCGAUACAUGGACCAAGCUUACUACCAGGAUUCCCUGAUUGUGACGAUGAAAGGACAAGACCUGCAUUACGAGAGAAUCCUUGCAAUCCUGAGUACCAUUGAUCUAUCAAGCAACAAGUUCGAGGGAAUGAUUCCUGAUGUAAUAGGAGAGCUAGGAUCACUCAAGGGGCUCAACCUUUCUCAUAAUAAUCUCAAAGGCCAUAUACCAUCAUCUUUGGGGAACCUUUCCGAGCUUGAAUCGUUGGAUCUUUCUUCAAAUGAGCUUAGCAGGACGAUACCAAGCAAAUUGACGGCUCUCACAUUUCUAGUAGUCCUAAAUGUCUCUUCCAAUCAACUAACAGGACCGAUUCCUCGGGGCAACCAAUUCAACACGUUUCCACCCGAAUCAUACGGUGGGAACCCAAGAUUGUGCGGGUUUCCAUUGUCCAAAACUUGUACUAGUUCCUGGGCGCCGGGGGCGCUUCCUGUCCUGCCUAAAGGCGGGGUUCACUCGUUCUUUGCAGAUUUUGUCGAGCCAGAGGCCGUGGAAAUAGGAUUAGUAUGUGGCAUAGUGCUCGGAAUGGUCAUGAGUAACUUGCGAUAUCUUAGAUCUUUUCGGCGAGCAAGAGGGAAGUCAGCUAGGAAACAUAGUUCUCCAAUGGGGCCUCGAAACUGCACGACAUAA